UUCCGCGAGAGGCAAGCCCAAAUGGCGCUUGCACGACAACGACUCCUCACACUUGCCUACGAGGAUAUGGAGACAGUGAGAAUGCUACCUAAUAGUUUCCCCGAACUCGAAGCAGUAGCUAGAGAUUGGACAAAACCUCCCCCAGAUGCCGUCUUCGGCCUGCGUGUCCCUGUUGAAUUCGCAUCCCUUCAUGCCUCUGUAAGUCGACGCUGUCGGCGGCUGGUUUCCGGGCCUUAUAUCUAUCUCACUGGCGAGGAUUCAUACCAAAUUGCGAUAAUGGGCGUGCAGGGGCUGCGGGUGGAGAUUGUAAGCGACGCUCCUCCGCCACCUGAUGAACCACCGCCGCCACCUCCCCCCCCAGUCACGGAAAUGCCUGCCACGUUUAACCUGGAACUCGUACCCGGCCAACACGUGGUCCUAGAAACAACAGUUGCUUCUGCUGAUGAUGUCGAUAUGGCCCGCAUGGAAGACGGUACCGUUGUCGAUGGCCAGUUCUGGGGCAAGCUAAACAUAGUGCACGACGGCGGCACUCACACUGUCGACUUCACAGGCACCCGUAUAAUCAACCCCGACGUCCCACCUGACAUGCUCUUCGAUUCGCGUGUCAUGAGUAAACUCACGACCGCUGCCAAGCCUUCUUCUGUUAAAUGCCACCUGAGCAUCCUUUCACCUGCCCAGCAGUAUUGCGAUGUCAUUCUCUCAGUCAACCCGCUAUGGAGGCUUGAACUUACAUGGCCCCCUGCGCAACCAGUUAACGAAACCAAAGUGAAAUAUUUUCUGCGUGUUCACCCUGGUGGUGCGCUCGAGCAUUUUGAGAGUGAGAUGGUUACGACGUCGUUAUAUUACGAAGCUGUACCCGACCCAGCGAUGGUCGAUCCUAAUGAUUUUAUUGCACCCCGAAAUGGAUACGCUAUGACUUUCCGAGAUUUCGUGCCACACCUUAUGAGUGUCCUAGACCAGCUAGGCAUGUCUAUGCAUGCGCGAACUAACUUCAUCAAUAACAACAUUUCCGCAUUUUCAGCCCACAAAAACAUUGCCUACCGCUUCCUCUCCCCUUCAAAGAUAGCCGCCGCAAUUGACAUUUCAGUUACUUCUGACCCCUGCGUCUUUACGCGCCUAUUUCUCAUCUUCCGCGGGUUAUCGGACGACGAUGUGGGAUUGUUUGCAGGUGCAGGCGAGAAGGAGGCGAAUUCAGUCAACUGGAGAGAGAUUGUGGGGUGGAGCGAGAAUUCGAAGGACACAACUCAGUUCAGGCUUCUCGAAACUUCUGUGUUUGAAGUUACCUAGGAGGGAGAUACCUUUGAGCCGAGGUGGAUAACUGGUCUUCCCACCUCCAGGCGUGUCCCUCAUAUCACUGGUGAUUCCUCGUUACUCGCCAGAGAUUAGCAUUCUUCCGUUUCUGUUUCUGUUUUGCGACGCCCCACCUUUUUGAAACGUCUCUGCAUUUGAUAUAUUAGAACAUUGUCGGGCUAUACCAUCGCUGUCCUGCACAUGCUUUCUUGUCACGUCCGCAGCUAUUAUAUCUAUUCGAUAUCUGCUCCCCCUGCGCAACUUUAUAUUUCUCUGAUCUUGCAUCAUUUUGACGACCCCGACUUUUCUACAUGUUUCUCUUAGCGAUUUUUCUUCAUGAUAUGUUGUUGUAUCCGCAGUUGUACUGUAGUCGAUAUCGAAAUUGUAACAGUGAAGGAUUAUCGAUUAUCAAUCA